AAUGGAUCAAGACGAGGCUCAGUACCUUUUCAAUAAGGGUGCUACCAUUGUUACAACUAACUUACCUGUUGGUUCAGAAUUCGGUAUAGAUUGUUCAUGUACCUGGAAGACAUUUGAUGGAGAUAUCGCCGGUAUAAAAAUGAUUCCUCCGGGAGUACACCUUUUGUUCUGGAAUUGUAAUGAUGACAAAAUGAAACGACAAGGGCCAAGAACCAGCAUAUUAAUUCAUACUUCUCCGGGCGAAGUACUGGUGUGGAAAUGGUUAGAUUUGGAAGAGAGAGUUGAACGCGUUAAUUUAACUGGUGACGAAGAUAUAGAAAGUAAUAAGCAGAGUAUUGACCAUCGUUUAGUACCUUAUCCCUACGAUACGUAUAGACGAUGGAUUUCUUUAACAUCUGUUAUAAAUGAAAAACUCUUAAAGCGUUUAAUGCCUGAUUGUGGAUAUAUGACAUCAGUUCCGAAUCUUAUGCCUGAACGUUCAAAUACUGCUGAAAGACAGGGCCGUUCAAAAAAUGAAGGUCUACCAAAUAUGCUACCUUUUCCAGGGACAAUUAUAAAUUGGUCUAUUAUUCAAGAAAAGGCUCGUCCUCCAAAAUUCUGCAAUAAAGAAGAUAUAACUAAGCAUUGCCUGGAUAGAUCAUGGCAACUUAAAGAGUUAUUUCAAGAAUCAUCAGAAGAGGAGAUAUUAGGGGAAUUACAGGCCACUUAUGUGUUCCUAUUAGUAGGCCAUAUUUAUGAAGUGUUAGAAAAAUGGAAAAUUUUAAUAAACCUUCUUUGCUCUUGUCGAGAGGCCAUCGGUCUAUACCCAAAAUUCUAUAGUAAACUCCUCACAAUACUUUACUGGCAACUGAAAGAUUUACCUGAAGAAAUCAGACAGGAUGCAGUAAAUGGAGUAUUAUCAUCUACUAUUGGGCCUCUGCUCUCAGAAAUAGUUGAAUAUGAUGAUGAAGACCUAUCAAAUAAAGCUGAAAAACUGUUGAACUGUUUAAAAACUAAAUAUGGAGUGAAUUGGGCUUCAGAGCCAGACGAUUGGGCUCCAACAAUAGUUUCAUAA